AUGAGCACCCACUUCAACGACCAGGAGGAUUCGGAAGUUAUGCCCGGUGGCCCUCCUAAUACGGGUAAUGGACCAGUAAUCGUUCCAUUCACUCAAGAAGGACUAGCGAAGGACAUAACUCCAGGUGCUGAGAAGCCAUUGUGGCCACUGUCGAGCUUCGGUUCUGCGAAGUCCGAACCAACUCUUAUUGCAGGUCUCGAUGAGUCGCCAGAAGAGCUGCGUUGGAAGGCUGUCCAAGCGUUGAAGUCAGGAAACAUCGCUGAUUAUCAAAAAUACGAGUCAGAGAAGAUCCAGGAAGCAGACCAAACAUACGCCAAAGCAUUGUCUGAGAUAUCUCAGGUAUUCAACCACGCGUACAAAUCAGCAAUUGCAAAACAAAGGGGCAUUCCGAACCCUGCUGGAACCGUGUACAAUUCUCCGUCGAAUACUGCUAGUCCUGCUUUCGGCAAAUCAACGACAUCUGCGUUCGGUGGUGGGUCAGCUUUUGGAGGUGGACCAUCUGGAGCAACGUCGGCAUUUGGUGCUUCAACUUCUGCUCCCACAUCGGCCUUUGGCUCAUCGACUUCGGCAUCUGCAUUUGGGAAGCCUUCUUUUGGCCAAUCUGCAUUCGGCCAGCCAGCAUUCGGUCAAUCCACGUUCGGCCAACCGUCAAAACCUGUCUCUGCGUUCGGUCAGCCUUCACAAACGACUUCGGCUUUUGGACAACCAGCCCCGACUACUUCGGCAUUCGGACAACCUGCACAAGCUUCAACGUCGGGAUUCGGUCAGACUUCACAACCGCAAUCGUCCUUUAUAAAGCCUGCAACUGGCUUCGGAAGCAGUGCUGGUGGUGGAUUCUCUGCAUUCGCUGGCGGUGGAACUUCUGCCUUCGGUGCUGGCCCGCAACAAACUCAAGUUCCUGCUUUUGGUCAAUCAGCGUUUGGUGGCGCGGGUAACAAUGCUGCUGCAGUACCAACAACAUCUGCUUUCGGAACUCCUAGUGCACCGUCAGCUUUCGGUGCCCCUGCGAGUUCGACCCAACCAACGUCUGCAUUCGGACUUCCUGCGAAACCAGUCUCCGCCUUCGGACAACCGUCACAAACGGCAAGCGCUUUCGCACAACCUUCACAGCCUGUCUCAGCAUUUGGAAAGGCGGCUCAAGCUCCUGCGUUUGGACAGACCUCCGCAUCCGGACAAACUGCUCAACCGUCUGCAUUCGAUCAGACGUCCCAACCAUCAGCCUUUGGGCAGACGUCUUCAUCUGCUUUUGGUCAGUCUUCACAGCCCGUAUCUGCAUUCGGCGGGGCUGGAGCUGGAGCAAGUGGUGGUUUUGCUGCGGCUGGUUUACCACCAAAACCGAAAGUCGGUCCUCCGGAUUUCGCUGCAGCGCUUGCUGCAAUAAAGGCUGAGCCUGGAAAGGACAAACAUGAUGGGCUAUUGCCACGAGAUUACGCAGAUAAGUUACCCACAUCUGUGAAGGAAGCGUUUGCUGCUCCGCGGUUUGAGUGGGGUAAGAUACCUGAGUGGGUUCCACCUGUCGAUUUCCGUUAG